GUACCUACCAGCCUGUAGUCCGAUGGCUUAACCACUGCGCCACCGAGGCCGGUGGUCGACAUCAUCCUAACAAUGGCCGAAAGCUUAGGAUAUAUAGUCCCUUUAAUGUUAGUUAUAUAACAUACAUAACAUUUUAUUCAGAUUCCGAUGAACCAGGCUACGUCUACAGUUAGUUUUGCAUAAUAUGAACAUUGUUUGUCCGAUGUAGUGUUAACCGUUUCAUGGCAUGUCGCUUAGGCUGGUAGCAUUAGGCUGGUAGCAUUAGCCAGGCAAUAAUUUUCUUUUGUUCUGCCUUUGGGUGCGGAUCGAUAUUUUUUCUUUGAGAGAAGAGAAAAUAAAAUCCAGGUGUGCUACUUAGCUUACCUGAAAGAUUCCAUAAAUAAUACAAGGCCAGCCACGCUGGAGUACUUGUCAAGAGUGUUUGUACGCGGGAAAAGGCCAGCAAUUGUCGCGUUGGCACAAGAAACUGGGUAGCCUACAGUUUGCUAGUUAAAGCACAAAGGGUAUCCAUUACGCUUGGCUACACUAGUACUACUGUGGUACUUUUUACCUGCGGUUUCGGAGACAAUACAUUAUGACGUCCAGGCAGUAACUACAAAGCUUUCGCUGUUACGUAAUCCCGAGGGUGUUCUAGAAAGGAUUGUGUGCGUUAAUAUCGCUUGCAGGUACAUGUGCUGGACAAGUCGCACAAAGGACAAGUCUGGAGCAAGCCUGAGCUGUGGGAAAGGUCGCACUAAGCUUGGUCUUUUUGAAGCACUGUACCAGUAUGGCAUAUUGGACUUGAGAGUGGCACAGAAGUUAAAUCGGUCUAAAUUCAAAAACGUGUAGCAAACAAUCAUGUUUACUUGUACGAGGCGUGAAGCUUUCUUGUCCGUCUUUUUUCUUCUGUUGACGUUUUUCGUGUUCAUGGCAACGUACCACCGUGAUACAAUCCAGGACAACAUCACGCCGCUGAAAUACCUAAUUCCCGCGCAAUCCUCCUCCUUCAGCAACACGAGGGAGUCGUGUGUAGGAGAACAGAAACUGCACCAGGAUCGAAUCCGACUCUCAAGGAUGCUCAAUUCGAUGAAACACAAUUUCUCCAGACAGAGCUGUGAAAUGCUGGAAGUGCGCAAGAAAUCGGGAGAAAAAGUAAACGUUGGAGUUUCAGCAUCUGGAGGGUGGUGCAGAACGGCCAGCAGCUCGACAGGAGGGAAUCACAUACACGACAGACCUCUUGCUGAAGACCUGUCAAAAUUCUUUGAAGGAAAAGCAGUAGCAAGCUUCGGCGACGGGCCAGGCGACUACAAAAAAUACAUCGAUUCCACAAAGCGCCUACGACUCUACGACGCUUACGACGGCGCCCCCUAUUGUAAGGAGACCAGUGGAGGUGUGGUAGAGUUCCUUGACCUCACGGCGCCGCAGUACGGACUUCCGCUCUAUGACUGGAUUAUGAGUUUAGAAGUUGCCGAACACAUCCCGAGUAUGUACGAGGGUAUCUACAUUGACAACAUAGCUCGCCAUGCUAAAGAAGGCAUUGUUUUGAGCUGGGCCGUGCCCGGGCAGGGAGGACUGUCCCAUGUUAAUAACCGUCCUCUUGAUUACGUUAAGAAGGUUCUGUAUGAGAAAGGUUUUGCUCAUGAUCCAGAGAGUAGUAAACGACUGCAAACAGUGGCCACACUAGGCUGGUUGAGAGCUAACACCAAUGUGUACAGGAGGUUACCGUCGAGUCCAGCGAAUCCCAGGGAUGCAUAGACGAGUUCGCAUGCUUCACAAUCACUCACCAACAUCGCCAUUACGAUCACUGUGUAUACAUGAAUACUGUUAUUCUGGAUGUCCUUCGCCGGGAAACUGCAUUGCGUUCUAGCAUUGCUGGACCGUAUUUAGUUAAUGGGGGGAGGGAUGAAUUUAGAAAUUUUUGUUUAAAUAGCGGUACAUUAAUGAAGGCAAAAUUAUUACAUGGCAAUGAUAGACACCGUUAGUACUUGUAAAUUUAGAAGAUUACUUUUUCGUUUUCGCAACUGCAUUCCCACUAUCACUCGCCAGCGAAGGACCAGAAGUUGGUGCAACAAUUAGUUGAGUGUUUUUAAAAUGAAUUUCAUACAUGUAUGCUUAUUUCUUAAAUUGAAUGGAUCAUAAUACUGCAGGGCUCGAAAUAGGAAGCAAAAUACGGUUGGCUGUAAUUCUUUUAAAAUAGUUAGAAGAUCAAAUGAAAUAUGGCCUGCUAAGACAAAAAUAUGGUCUGCUGGAAAUUAGAGGGCAUUGAGCGAGUGGAGGCUUUGGGACAGUGUGUGACAAAACAAGGCAAUCCAGAUGUAAUUUAGAGCAUUAUACAAUUAAAAUAGAACAGAAUCACGAGCUCAGUCUCAGUUUAAUAGAAGAUGAGAUGAUAUGUCUCUUGAAAAAUGACAUUUUGUUAGUAAUUUUAACAGGUGAAAUUUUAUUUCACCAGCCGCGCCUAAAGAAUGGACCACGUUUUGCUUUUCGCAGUCCGCUAUUUUGAGCCUUGUAUUGUCUUUACUAAAAGUUAAACGAUUUUAUGAUAUCAUGGCCCUAAUUCACAAAGCAUCCUCUUUGCAAGUCUUUUAGCAUUACACUGCGAGAUCGCAAAGUUACGAGAGUAUAGUGAAUUAGGCCCCAUAUAUUUAUUAUGUUGAUUGCCAGCGUAGAUGAAACCUGACAUUCUGUUGGGUCAAACAGGUUAGUAGCAAGGACAUUUCACGUGGAGGGGUGGAUUGUUUGAAUGUGAGUGGCGAAGGAUUUUUUUUAUUUUUGAGUGGAUGUUAAUGUAUUGGUAUCAACUAACAUGUUGUACAUCUCUGUUUUUUUUACAACAAACACGUCAUUGUCUCCCAAGUGCGCCCGGUUCUUGCGGGCCUGUUUUUGCAGUGUCGUGGAUAACUCUUUAAGUUUUCUUUUCUAUGCGUGUACGUUUGAGUGUGUGACUGCGUGCAUGCAUGUGUGUGACAGUGUUAGGUGGCAGUAUGUCGGUUUGUGCGUGCUGGGGAUGUACGUAUACGCGUGUGUUGACACGUAAAUAAAAAUGCCCCCCCCCCCCCCCCCCCCCCCCCGAUCCCCGACUGAGCAUCUUAGAACUGGGACUCCCUCAUACACAAGCUCACACACACACACACACACACUAUCUGUAAUCGUGUUUAGAACCAUGUAUUUUUUUUUUUACCCCCAACUCCCCGUUCCAACCAAUUCUCCACGACUGAUACAUAAAAAAACACACCUUAAUACGAGCUACCAUGCCUAUGCAAAAUUAUAUAUAUAUAUAGUUAUACCUCUUGUAUGGGUGGCGGCGGCAAUUUACCUCUCGGUUUAAACAAAGUGUCAGUAUAACUGUAUGUUGGACGCUAACACAAAUAUCGCUUUUAAUGUGCAGAAAAUCUUGUGAAAUGUUCCUUUAAGAGACAAGAAAAUAUGUUAUGUUCGUAUAGUUAUAAGCAUAAUACACCAAUGAAAAGAAAUGAGGGCGCACUCCAACGGUAACACGUGUUAAAGAGUGACUGCAAAAAACCCUCCAUCCAUGUAAUAAUGUCACAUUACUGACAUUCAAACCCACAUUACUGACAUUCAACACACUUUGCUGACAUUCAGUCCAGGGCUUCUAGAAUUUUUAUAAAAUCCACUAGCCAUGGGAUCAGGGAUUUAAAAAAUGUACUA